UUGUUCAGAGUUCUCGAUACCAACAUGAGAGGCUUACUUAUUUUAGCGCUAUGCGCGGCUUCGGCACAAGCAUUCAUUCAAAAUUAUGGCCGAACCUAUGCACACACCGGUACUGGACAGUUACCACCAAAGAACCCACUGACAGCUGACGAUAGACUAGCGUCCCGCAAAGCGAAGACUUUUGUGAACUUCAUCAAAAUCGUGCCCCAGCUCAACCCUCUACUAGCGCCCAAACUCGGGCCAUACUUUGUUGAUUUAGCCGAUCUCAACUUCUCAGGUGAACUAUAUUUAGAAAAUUUGGAAGUUGUUGGGCUCAAUACAGUAACUUUACCCUACCUUGAAGUCCGGAUGGCGCCUUCUAGAGUCGACUUCAACGCUACUGUUCCUCAAGUUUCUGCUCAAGCACGCUUCGACCUGCAAGCGAACCUAGCUAACCAACCGAUUAAUGUGCAAGGUACCACAACCAUAACCCUUUAUAACUUAGGGCUCUCGGUUGCUGUGGGCACUGUCGUAGAACCGGCGAAGUUGGGCCAAGUGUACCAAGUCAACAGCGCUGACGUCGAUAUAGACAUAGGAAGCCUAGCGGUCGAGAUGAGCAUGAACCAAUAUGAGGAUGAAUUCGCCAUGAUACUGAUGGCGUUCCUGCAGUACCCGUCAGAGUACAGCGGCAUUAUAGAAGAGUUGCUGACUACCGUGCUAGGAGCUAUCAACAAGGAGCUUGAGAACAUCACGGCGAAGGAGAUCAUAACGUACCUGCUGGGCCCCGGCAAGGCGCCGCUGCGGGGCUAACCACACAUCUACAAUCCCUUUGAUAUCAUGUUAUUAAAUACCUUAAGGUAGAUGGAGUUUGAUUACUUACAGAAAAAAGUUGUUUCAUUUAAAUACUGGUAAUUCGACCGUUUAAAUAGAAUAAA